CUGAGGUAUUCGUCGAGUGUAGUGCGAAGGUACUUUCCAUUGAUGAUAAACUCUAACGGGAUGGACUUUUCGGUUUUCAAGAGACUGUUCACGAGCGUCGACAAAGCAUACCGCCGAAAAGACGUGGGGAUGAGGAUGGGCGCGUUGUCUUCGAGGGCAAGGUCGGCAUCUCUGGUGGUCAACCGCACCCGUACUUGAGCAUUCUGGGGGUCUGUCGAGUUUGAGGCCAUCUUGAGAUUUAAGCCCGGCUGUGAGGAAGUGUGGUUUGCAAGCUUGAGGCGGCCGUAAGAGCCAGUUGAGGCCUUGAUGGAAAAUGUUCUGCGCAACCCGCAAACCGACAGAAAAAUAAAGUGGAGCACAUCAACCGCUGCACUCGAGUUACGGUGCAGCCCAAAACCGCAGCGGGCCGCAGCCUGCCAAUGCAAAUGCCACUGGCACCGAUUGGCCUUUGAUGUCACGUCUACCAACGACAGACAGUUGCAGUGGUUGUUGGUGGUUACAGUACCCUGAAUAACCCAUCCACCUCGGGCACGACACGAGACAAGACGUCUAUAAUAUCUUCUGAGGAACAGGGGGACGUCUAGCCUUCUACAACUGCUUGCAUGAAGACAUGACAGCCGGAAACAACGCCUCGGAUGUCCUAUGCGAAUCGAUCGUCAAUGGCACGUUUCCGCAGUCCGAAGACCUCCUGACUUCUGACCUAUCCUCCGAACUCAUACCACAGCUACUUAGUCAGAUUUCGGGAACGCGACGCCAGUUCAGUGAUGAGAUCAGAGCGGUUAGCAAAGACGACUCGGGAGAUGUGGCUCAAUGGAUAUCGCAAGCGCGGAAAGCCCAGGAGGACAUUGCAAGAUGCAAGUUGGAGUCACAACGCAUUGUCGAAGAACAUGAACAAGUCCAGGCUCUGAGAGAACAAGCUGUGGACUAUCAGCGCAAAGUGGAACUCCUGGAAUCGGAGAUCGACUUCACAGAAACCUUGAAGCGAGAACUACAAAAGGUAUCAGCUGCAACACAGUCUUUGAGAGAGGUGGAGGAUUGUCUUGGGAGACAAGAUCCAUGCACAGCUGCCCAAAAGUUGGAAGAACUAGACGCCGACACUUCACAUAUCCUGAAAUCGCGAACGUCGACUCUGGUUCGAGACCUGAAGGAUGAGCUGUGUCUGAAGACGCUCGUUCAGCUGGAAAACCAACUACACAGCCAAAUCACGGUCAAAAAGGAACAACAGAAAGUGACGGUGGAGGCAUCGCCUACCGAGACUGACGCAGACUCGACCAAUUCUGCCACUCUUCUGCAGGCAUUGGACAGACUGGGGGAUCCGCACGGCUCGGUCGAACCUUUGUUGGACAAACUCCGAACGUUUGUGCUACAGCCUCUACGACAGUCCUCACGCCUCAAACUAGCCACUUACGAUGUGUCACAGCGUGGCAUACAUAUCCAGCUCAACAAGGAUGGUGCAGCUCUGGAGGCCGUAUUCUCCUUCAUACUUGAUUUCAUUCGGUUUCUGCAUUCAUCUUUAUCCGGAGCCUUGCAAUCUGUCAUAGUGAAAGCGAUUCUACCUGACAUGAUGACGAUUCUGGUGCUUGAUUGGCUUAACCCUAGUCUCCCUACAGACUUACCAAUAUUUGGCGAACUUGAUACAAUGCAAGAACAGGUAAACCGGAUAUUGGAAGAACUGAAAGCGCAUGGGUGGCAGGGCCAAAAAGAACUUCAGGACUGGAUUGACGACAUACCCCGGGCUUGGUUGAACAAGCGCAAAGCAGCGACUUUAGACGCUGUUCGAAAAGCGUUUGCAUCUUCAAAAGGGGCUCUACGACAGGUGGAACGAGUUGAACGUCAAGUCGUUGCCACUGCUGUCAAGCAAGGCGAGUCUCAAGACGACGCCAAUGAUGAUUGGGACACCAAUUGGGACGAGGACAAUAAAGACAGCUCCAUAGGGCAAACCCCAGGUAAAGCCGAAGAUGAAGAUGAAGUUAGUGCCUGGGGAUUCGAGGAUGACGAAGAUCAGUCGAAAGACGACGACGGUCACGCAGUAAGCAGUGGCGCGGAUACGAGCAAGGCCACAGACCGUACAGAGGAAGGAGACCCUGAAGAUGCUUGGGGCUGGGGUGACGAUAGUCCAGAGGAGACGAAAGAAGAUUCAAAACCGCACUCUUCACAAAAGCCGGAUGCGGGAGAUAGAGCACAGCAGCCACCCAGCUCAAAGCAGGAAGUUACUUUGACCGAGGUAUACAGCAUCAGCGACAUUCCCGACCAGAUAGUCGACAUCAUCGAGCGGGACGUGAAAGACACACAAACCCUGCUCGAGGCAGGCACGCAGCAGCAUCAAAGUCUCGACUCUUCCACCGCAUCUCGAGGCUUGUUAGCCCUACCCACCCUAGCGCUGGCCAUGUUCCGCGCAGUCGCACCGAGCUACUACGGCGCCUCGCCCACCCUGACCGAUCUACACCGGUACAACGACUCAUUAUACAUUGCCGAGCGGCUGCGCGAUAGCAUGGAAACCACAGCUGGCACGGCUAGACCACCCAGUCUAGACUCCGACAUCAAAGCAAUGGAGCGGUCUGCCCGACUAGCCUAUUCCAAGGAAAUGGAGACCCAGCGCCUCAUCAUUUGGGACCUGCUCGAAGGCGCCCAGGGUUUUGUCGCAUGCACCCAGUUCCCAUACUCGCAAGAAAUCGAAAACGCCGUCUCCGCCGUCGUCGAUCGCAUCCGCACCCUCCACCGUCUCUGGAAACCGGUCUUGUCCACCUCGGCUCUCAUGCAGAGUAUCGGCUCGCUGCUCACCAUGGUCAUCGCCAAAGUCAUCUCUUCCAUUGAAGACAUGGACGACAUCUCGGAACCCGAGUCGCAGCGCCUCACUGCGCUAUGUCAGCAGAUUGCGUCCUUGGACGACUUGUUUCUUUCGAAUGCUCCACGAGACGUGAAGGAAGAACGUGGGGAGAGCGGCGGCGCCGAGUCAGUACCGAUGACCGCCGUCUAUGUCUCGAAUUGGCUUCGCUUCCAGUAUCUCAUCAAUAUCCUCGAGAGCUCGCUCGUCGACAUCAAGUACCUCUGGACCGAGGGCGAGUUGAGCCUCGAGUUUAGCGAGGACGAAGUCGUGGAUUUGAUCAAGGCCUUGUUCGCUGAGAGCUCGCAUCGGAGGAAUGCCAUUGCCGCCAUUCGCGGUUCGAGGCGGUCAAGAUAGCAUAUUGUAGUUUUUGAGCCCGGUAUAGCAUGCAUUAAGUUGUUCGGGAAUCACAUACAUCCACCCUCAAUAAUCUUAAUUCAUAUGCCAGGCUACUUUAAGUCUGGUAUCGUGUGACAAAUAAUAGAGCAAUUCAGUCCAACGUCGACUUUGUACGUAGGAUGGACAGUUACACAUGGUUACACUACCUUCCUUGACCGUCGCUUGGAG